UGCAAAUUUGAUCAUGACCAUCUUUAAUUCUACAAGGCUCAUACUGCGGAGGGCUACUGCAUCUUCACCAUUCAAACCGAUUCAUCAAAAUGCAAGACUUUUUAAUUCGCACUCAUCUCAGCACAUACAUGCAAAAGGGCAGAUAAGUGAUACUUCAAGAUCGAGACACAGUGUAUGGGUCGGAACCCUAGCCAUAUCUCUGGGAGCUCUAUACUUCUCUCAAGAUAGCAAAAAGCUUCAUCUUGAGGCACAAGAAAUUCCCUCCAUUCCAUCGACACAGGAAAGCACAGGCGAUUUCCGACUAGAUCCGGCUACUGGACAGCCACUGCCGGUUUCCAUCUCGGUUCCACAAGAUGUAUUCUCUAAUGGAAGUGAAGAGCUGCGACUAAUUGGACUAGGAGUGCGUACAGUGACAUUCCUAAGUGUAAGAGUAUAUGUAGCGGGUCUUUAUGUCGAUGCAAAGGCUAUCGAAGCUUUGAAAAGCUCACCAGAUUGGAGAGGAUUUGAAGCUUCUUGGAUGUCAAACAAAGACAAAGAUCACAGCGGAGAAGCUCUGGUUUCUGCCUUGUUGGAUCAAGGAAUCACUUGCGCUAUAAGAAGUGUCCCGGUUCGGCCUACGGACUAUAAUCAUUUGAAAGGUGGACUGAGUCGAGCAAUUCAAGGUCGCGCCAAAUCAGCUCGUAAGGCGAACCUCUUAAGUCCCGAAGCAGAUCAAGCACUUUCCAAUUCGAUACAAGAGCUUAUUGAUGCAUUUCCAAAAGCUACAUUAGCCAAAGGACGGACAUUGGAUAUGGUCAUCUCGCCUGCAUCUUCCGGCAAGCAAGGUUUCUUGGAUCUCACUUUGAUCGAAGAGGGAAAGAUUUUCGGCAGAGUGAAAGCUCCAUCGUACGCUGAGAAGCAAUUCACUGUUCCUCGUCAAAUGCUUCUCGCUUACCUUGCCGACAAGGAUGAAAUAUCCAAACCUUUUAAGCAAUCUGUGGCAGAAGGUAUUGAAAAGAUUACAAAAGGUGUUGAAUAAAAUACAUUGCGAAGAA